CCAGGAAAUGCCCGGGAGUGGGUGUCACCUGCCGAAACAACUUGUUGAUUCCCAGGAGCCCUGUCGGCUCUGGCUGUGGCUUACCUGUCUCCCGAGCGCCGGGACGCUCGCCCCCCACUGCUCAGCCAUGAGCAAGUUGGGUAAGUUCUUUAAAGGGACCCGCUCCUCCCGGGCCCGGGCGGCUCCCAGCGCCCAGGAGGCCCUGGCUCGCCUCCGGGAGACCGAGGAGAUGCUGGCCAAGAAGCAAGAGUACCUGGAGAACCGAAUCCAGAGGGAGCUCGCCUUAGCCAAGAAGCACGGCUCUCAGAACAAGCGAGCUGCCUUGCAGGCACUGAAAAGGAAGAAGAGGUUUGAGAAGCAGCUCACUCAGGUGGAUGGCACCCUUUCCACCAUCGAGUUCCAGCGGGAAGCGCUGGAGAACUCGCACACCAACACGGAGGUCUUACGGAACAUGGGCUUCGCAGCCAAGGCCAUGAAAGCGGUUCAUGAAAACAUGGACCUGAACAAAAUUGAUGACUUGAUGCAAGACAUCACAGAGCAGCAGGACAUUGCCCAGGAGAUCUCAGAAGCAUUUUCUCAAAGGGUUCAGUUUGCUGAUGGCUUCGAUGAGGCUGAGCUUCUGGCAGAACUUGAGGAAUUGGAGCAGGAAGAAUUAAAUAAGAAGAUGACAAGCCUGGAGCUUCCGAAUGUGCCGUCCUCGUCCCUCCCGGCACAGCCCAGUAGGAAAGCCAGCAUGCCCUCCUCCGUGCACCGGUCUCGAGCAGCAUCUUCCAGGAGGGCAGAGGAAGAUGAUGACUUCAAACAGCUAGCAGCUUGGGCCACUUAAGCUACAAUGGAAAAAAACUGACACCUAAAUUAUUGAACUACAUAUAAGACAUAAAUGCUUUUGCAAAGCUUAGAAAUUAGCGGAGACCUGUUUUAUAUGAAUUAAUGUCUUUUAAGUAACAGUUAAGGUAUAGUCAGAGAUGGAAAGGGGCCGGUAGCGUUAUAGGAGACCCUUCCAGAUGGAUGGAGGUGGGGCUCGUCUAUCUGCUUUAUUUGCUACUGCGUUUCUAGUCCUGAUAUGUAGUUGAUUUUUUUUUUUUUUGUAUAUAUACAUUGAAAGCAAACUGAAUUUUACAGACAUUUCAUACAUAUUCCAGUUUAUACGCCAUCCUGAGGAAUACCUGGGUAACUGGGGGGAAAUGUCUAUGCAAAUACGAGGCAGCUGUGUGCAUCCAGGUCACGCACAGUAAAAUAAAUAUAUGGCUAGAACAGACUUGUUCUAGUGAGUCUAUGUAUUCAGAGUUUCAGUUGAGUUUCACAGCUGAGAAUCUUUAGGGAGCUUUACUUUAAUUGUUGUUUAUUAUGCCGGUUAAGCUUUGAGUGGAGCAAUGGAUGAAUCUCCCCAAACACCUGAAAGCAGUAACAGCAUAGUGUGCUGAGAGGUGCUCCCCGGGGUGUGGUCAGCCACUCAGGAACCUGAGUGAGCACUUAGGGGCUGUGCUCCCGGGGGUGUGGUCAGCAAGCUGAGUCAGCACUUGCGGGUGGUGCUCCCCGGGGUGUGGUCAGCCACUCAGGAACCUGAGUGAGCACUUGGGGGCUGUGCUCCCCGGGGUGUGGUCAGCCACUCAGGAACCUGAGUGAGCACUUGGGGGCUGUGGUCAGCAAGCUGAGUCAGCACUUGCGGGUAGUACUCCCCGGGGUGUGGUCAGCCACUCAGGAACCUGAGUGAGCACUUGGGGGCUGUGCUCCCAGGGGUGUGGUCAGCAAGCUGAGUCAGCACUUGCGGGUGGUGCUCCCUGGGGUGUGGUCAGCCACUCAGGAACCUGAGUGAGCACUUGCAGGUUGUGCUCCCCGGGGUGUGGUCAGGAACCUGAGUGAGCACUUGCAGGCUGUGCUCCCCGGGGUGUGGUCAGGAAACUGAGUGAGCACUUGGGGGCUGUUCCCAACACUGCUUAUUCUCUUCCGGUUUCUGUUCUCUUGCACUUUAAAAGAAACAAAACAAAACAAAAUCCAAACACUUCACAGCUUGCAGUUUGUAAGUAUAUUAAAAUACUGGCAAUUAAAAUAUAUCUUGAGUAAAAUUUUGCCCAUGAUUAUCUUUAAAUGAAAAUAAAUGAUAAAAUUAGGCGUCACCCAUGCCGUAUCACGGCAGUUAAAUGGCAAAUCCCAUGCUGUGUGAUGCUCUUGUGUUCCCCCACACACUUGAACAGUCAGUCCCAUGGAUUGGAAGAGUCCCGGCUUCAUCUACGCAGCCUCUGACCCCUUGUUUCCGGUUUGGAAGUCUGAGGGUUGGCUGGAUAAUCCCAGGGCUGCCACUCUGCCACACGUGCUUGCCACUGGCUGCUUCUCUUGGCAUUCUUCCUGCCCUGCAGAGCAUACAUGCCAAAUUCUCCUCAUUCUCUAAAGUCUGGCUAAAAUUUUCCAGACUAAAUUAGAUCUUCUCAACUGUAUGCUUGUUUCUUUUUGUUGUUGUUGUUGUUGUUGUUGUUUUGUUUUUUGUUUUUGUUGUUGUUUGUUUUUCAUGCUCUCUUUCACACACCUGAUGGUCUAUGGUAAGGUCAGGGGUGAGACUACAUGUCUGUAAUGUCUUAUGUACAGCAGGCAGUCUGUCAAUACAUCCUCAAUGCACAGCAACUGAUGGGAUUUACCUUCUGCCCUUAAACAAUGAGAAGACUGGGCCACGCCUGUGAAGCAACAGGAUAUUGGAGUAAAGCAGCAGGAUUUAGACACUGAACUAAAGACAUCACUGGGCAGUGACGCCCAAGAGGAGGGAGAUCCAUGUGGUGAGCAUACCUCGUGUCCUGGCUCUCCAAGGGGAACUGGACAGAGCCAGGUGGUCUCGGUGAGUUUAUUUUGUGGGAAGGGUCCUGGACAAGAGACGGUUUUGAGACAGAGACAGGUGCACGUGAACACGAGGGAGUAAUCUGUAGUGUGAAUGUUUGAGUGUCCUCCCAGCUCACAUUUGCCAUCCUACCUCAGUGAUGAUGGGGGUUUUAGUUAGGGUUUUACUGCUGUGAACAGACACCAUGACCACACCAAAUCUUAUAAGGACUAUGUUUAAUUGAGGCUGGCUUAUAGACUCAGAGGUUCAGUUCA